AUAUUUUUUUUAUCAGCCAAUUUAACUAAAAAAGUCCUAACUAACAUCAUAUUAUUAUAAACAUUAUCAACUGAGAAAUCGGAAAUUAAAAAACAAAUUCUAUGAAAAUACCAAAAGAUUGAUUUUUAACUCGCGACUUCAAGAUUUAAAAUAAGAAACCCUAAAGUCACCCUCUCCAUCACCGGGGUUUGGUCAUCUCCUUUUAGUCGCUUUCUUGUUCUCUAUCUUUCUCUCCUAAGUGACACGCCGGACCAGACAACAUCGUUGUUUCCUUUGUUCUUCCCGUCGGAGUGCUACGAAUUCAUCACCGGGGUAGGCACUCCUCUCAUAUCUCUCUUUCAUAUGCUCAAAGUCUCAACCAGGAAGCUAGCGUUGAUUCCAGCAACGGAGGUGGAAGAAAAUGCUUUAUCUGGAAGCUUUGGUAUCGGAGCUGGAGCCAACAUGGGUCGUGGUGGCCUUCUAGGAGGAGCAAUUCCUGGGAUGAAUACGGGUGUCGCCGGUGGAAUCGGUGGUAGUUUCGGACCUGGUGUUGGAAUUCCGGGAGGCGGACUUGGUGGCCCCGGCGGCGGAUCCGGGGGUCUUGGUCAAGGAUUUGGUGGCGGUGGAGUGUUUGGAGGUGGUGGGUCGAAUGGUGGUCAGGGUUUCGGAAGUGGAGGUGUAGCUGGUAGCAGUGGUGGUAUAGGCGGAGAUCAAGGUUUUGGUGGUGGUGGGCUUGGCCGGAGCAUUGGACUUGGUGGUGGAAUUGGAACAGGUAACACCGGAUUGGGUAACGCGGGAAUUGGUGCGGGGAUUGGCGCCGGUAUUGGUGGCGGUGGUCUAGGUGGGAUUGGCAGCGGUGGUGUUGGUGGAGGAGGUAUGGAUGGGCAGCCGUAAGCAUGUGUCCGGCGUGUUUUGCAAGCAUAGGGAUUUUGUGUUUUAAUGGAUGUUAUCAGCUUAAUUAAGGAGCUAAAUUUGUGAUAAAUAAGAAUUUUUCCAUGCAUGCUGCAGUGAUGCAGAUCGAUGCAGUUUUCAUAUUAUAAUUUAUUUUGGUAAAAUUUGAUGCA